AUCAAAGACAUGGAAAAGAGAAUUCAGGAAUUCUCUAGCGGUUACAACGAUAAACAAGCGACCGGAAAUAAGAAAACUUUAGUAGAAACGGAUGGAGAACGUGAUGAUAUAAAGGUUAAAGGGAAACAUCUUGCUCCCAUGUUUGGUGGUGACCUGUUGCUUGCCGCUGACACUGUUACACAUUUAGCAAAGUUUAAUGACUUCAUAAGACCACCAAUGAAAGUAGAAGAUGUGAAGGAUUUUCUGAAGUCUUGUAGUAAUAUUUUGGAUUUGAUGAAUUCACGAGAGUGGAAGAACGCGCAAAGGCAUGUGACGAAAUUGAGAAAAUUUGGAGUGAAUAUCAUGAAUGAUGGCAACGCCGUGGACUGGGAACAAGCCUCAAGAAGAGAUCUUGCAGGAAAAACCAGCAGUUCUUCAACACUGUAUGAAAUGGUGGAGGCAAUUGAAGGGUUUGGCUUAUCUGCGUCUUAUCAGGUGAAGAAACCCACAAAGGGACCAAUCUUUACUAAGAAUAUCUUGAUGGAGUUCAAAACAGUUCAAUCAGACAUUCAAGAACCAUCACCAGACAUUGUGUUUCCAAACCUCUCUGAUCCUCGUGUCCGCAAGUGGUCAAAGCAAGCUAACGUUAUAACACUCUCGCCAGCAGCGAUGGAUGAAGUCGCUCAAGGCACCAAUGUCGAGGCUCACGUUUCUGGCGUUCUUUUCAAAACUGUUGGAAAUCUGAGUAUCCCAGUCGUAGAAGGUCAAGGAAAUGAGACGGUCGAAAGUGGAAACUUAAUGUCAUUGUCAGUAUUUCCAAGAAUCACCGGCGAUCUGGAUCCUCCAAUACGAAUUGCUCUUGCUCAUUUGAGUCCUGCGAUGAGUAACUUCAAGCAGGACUGUGUAUUUUUAAAUGCCAGUGCGAGCGACGGUGAAAUGUGGUCAAACCAAGGAUGCAAAGUCGCUGGUGUGAAUGAAACUCACACCAUAUGUGAAUGCAACCACAUGAGUAGCUUCAGUUUGUUGGUUGAUAAAAGUCAACCUAACGAUUUCAUUAUGAAGGCGGCGCCCAUACCUCCUAAAGGGGGUGGUGGUGGCAGUGGUGGAGGAGGAACCUCAUCCAGUGGAUUCAUUUACAUUAUUUUGUUGUUUUUACUUAUUGUGGCUUUAAUAAUCAUCAUCAUAUUUGCAGUAUGGAGAAAACGAAAAGGAAAAAGCAGCGAUGAAAAAGAAUCCGACCAGGCUAAAUCAGAUAAAGGUGGUGACGAAAGCAAAGCCGGUGCUUCUGGAACUGCCACCGAGGAUGCUGCUGCUCAAUCCGGUCGAUCAACUUCAUCUGGCGAUAAGAAAAAACGGAAAAAAGGCGAGCGACGGAAGGAAGGUCGAAAGAAAAGAAAACCGCAGACACUGGACAAAGAUGCCAUUGAAGAGGAAAAUCAGCAAAAAGAUGAACAUAAAACGCGAUGUAUAAAACUGCAAUGAUGAGAACAACCAACACCGGAAUGCAAAACCAUAUCGCUGCCAUUUCUUUUGAGUGUCUCUCAUCUUC